CCUGAUAUUCCCUAAAUCGCUUUCCCCUUCACGUCACUUGACGUGCUUUUAAUUUUACUGCUUUCAAAUUAGUUUAGAAUUAGUAAAAAAACCCUCUUCCCUUUUCUUCUUCUCUCAUCUUUCUCCUCUUCUUGCUCAAAUGGCGCAACAAGUUUCUGCAAUCGGUUUUGAAGGUUACGAAAAAAGACUCGAACUAACAUUCUUCGAGCCCAGCAUCUUUUCCGACCCGAAUGGUCAAGGUCUUCGGGUCCUCUCAAAGACCCAAAUCGAUGAAAUUUUAACCCCAGCUGAAUGCACAAUCGUGUCUUCUCUCUCCAACGACCAUGUUGACUCUUACGUUCUCUCAGAAUCGAGUCUUUUUAUUUUCCCAUACAAACUCGUAAUCAAAACAUGUGGGACCACCAAGCUUUUGUUGUCGAUUCCAGCUAUUCUGAAGCUAGCGGCGACACUCUCUCUCACUGUCCGAUCAGUGAGAUAUACACGUGGCAGUUUUAUAUUCCCCGGAGCUCAAUCUUUCCCACAUAGAAGCUUCACCGAAGAAGUUUCAGUUCUCGAUUCCCAUUUUGAGAAACUCGGGUUAUCAAGCAAAGCUUAUGCAAUGGGUGCUUUUGACAAGCCUAACAAGUGGUACGUUUAUUCCGCUUUUGCCAAUUCUGAUUCCGGUGUUGCUGAUUCCGAUUCCGGUGACAUGUACACGCUCGAGAUGUGCAUGACGACUCUAGACCGUGAAAAAGCUUCUGUCUUUUACAAAACCGAGUGGAGUUCUGCAGAAACAAUGACGAACGAUUCCGGUAUCCGUUCGAUCCUCCCAAACUCUGGAAUCUGUGACUUUGAAUUCGACCCGUGUGGGUACUCCAUGAAUGGAAUUGAGGAUUCCGCUGUUUCAACUAUUCAUGUGACUCCGGAAGAUGGGUUUAGUUACGCGAGCUUUGAGGCUGUUGGGUAUGACUUGAAGGAGAUUGGAUUGGAAAGCCUUGUGAGAAGGGUGUUGGAUUGUUUUGAGCCUGGUGAGUUUUCGAUUGCUGUUGGUGGAGGAAUUGGAAACGGAAUUGGAAGCGGAAUUGAGAUUGAAGGGUAUGGGGUGGAAGAAAAAAGUUAUGAAGAAAUUGGUGGUGGAGAAUCGAUUGUGUAUCUCAAGUUUGUGAAGGAAGGUGGGAGCUGCUGUGGGUCUCCGAGGUCUGUGUUGAAAAGCGGAGGGUGGAAAGAGAAGGAGAAUGAAGAAAAGGAGUAUGAGUAGGUUUUAAUAAAAAAUAUUUAAUUAAAUAAAUGCCAUGUUAUUAUAAACAUGGUUUUGUUAUGGAUUUUUUUUUGGUUUUCUGUUUACGUUUGGUGUUAUGACUAUUUGGUAUUAUCAAAGAUGAUAUAGAUGCUGUGCAUCAUUUGGUUUUUAA